CCGUGUCCCACUCAACUCCCUGUAUCAGAACAUUGCCGUCUCCAUUAUCCUUGCCACUGUUGCGUAUUCAUAAGACUCUGUCCUUCUCAUCUUUUGCUGCUCGCUGCUACCUAGUUGCUGCUCGUCUUUGUACAGACCAGAACUCCCCUACAAAACACCUGGUUUACCUUUCUCGGGGAAUGGCAGAGGUGCAUAAGUAAAUGAGCUUGACCCUCGUCCGAUCCUUCAGUUGCCCGCCGCUAAAGCUCUGCGGUCGCUCCCUUCGUCAUUGUGCAUACACUCGACUCUUGGGUUGAUCGACCUUGUCGCAAUCGAUUGCGGCCACAAACUCACCAAUCAUCUUGAGGAAUGGCGGGGUGAAAGAUGAAAUCGCUCCCCCAGAAACGCAGGGAGCAACCGACUAAGUCGUCUUCGCCCAUCCAUCUGGCAAUACCUGCCCACAAGCGCUCCAAGAGCGCCAGAGUCCUCAACCUUCUCCGCAGCGACAACCUCCCUCGAGAAAACGGAUCAGACACGGAGUCGCCGGUGACCACCACCACCUCCACUACCGGACCUUUCUCCUCGACGUCCCCUUUGACUCCGGGCGAUGGUCCGCGAUUGAGUCCGUUGUCCCCUACCACCACCAGAAACUCUCAGUUGGCCAUGGACUCGAACGAAUAUACCAGGGAGCAAGACUCCGCCCAACACAUGAACCCAGUCCCGUCAGGCAUCUCUUCCGGCCAGGGAGCCUCCAUCGAGGACUCUGUUCGUACCUUUCGGGUCUUUGAAGUUCUCCGAGGCAAGGACACUGCCGCAAUCUCUAAAGCUAUCAGUGAAUCGAUACCCUCCUCCUCUAACCCUCAGCCCAUUCCCGGCACUACAAUACUCCACCUAGCAAUCCAAUGCGCAGAACCUCAGGUGGUUGAGCAGGUUUUAAGAGAAGGCAAAGGCCUCGAUGUCAAUGCACAAGACAAGGAGGGAAAUACCGCUUUGCAUCUGGCUGCUCAGCUUGGACGAGCACCUGUUGUCCGAGACCUGCUGGAGGUCCCCAACAUAAAUGAUGCCAUCUCGAACAGGCAAGGAAAACUACCCAUUGAUCUCGCGAGAACUCCGGAAAUCUUUCAACAGCUCCAGUUAGCGCGUUCAAUCUUUCUGGAUGACAAGAUCAAGGAGAUACAUGCCGCAUUGGCCCAAACAGACUACAAGAAGUUCGAAGCCAUCUUGACUGAGCCUCGAGUCGAGGGUACUCUUGAUGUGAAUGCGUUGGAGUUACCAACUGAGCCAGCAACAGUCCAGAGCGGCGGAACGCUCCUGCACGAGGCCGCGCGCAAGAAGGAUAUCCAGUUAGCACAGAUCUUACUAUUGCAUGGGGCAGAUCCUUUCCGCCGGGACCGUAAAGGGAGGCUCCCGCAACAUGUAACCCAAGACGAUCGGACAAAGGCCAUCUUGAAGAAGUCGCCCGCAGCCGCCGCUGCGCAGCGAGGAAUACAGGAAAAGGCAAUUCUGGGCAAUAAUCCAUCGCAAGCGAGGUCUGGAACUGGACCUAGUGAUACGAGUAAAGACGCCCGAGAAAUGAAGGGAUAUCUCAAGAAAUGGACAAAUUAUACAAGUGGGUAUAAGCUACGAUGGUUUGUUCUCGAGGAAGGAGUUCUCAGCUAUUACAAGCAUCAAGAUGAUGCUGGCUCGGCCUGUCGAGGAGCUAUCAACAUGCGCAUUGCGAAACUUCACAUGGAUCCUCAGGACAAGACCAGGUUCGAGAUUCACGGCAAGUCCUCGGUCAAGUAUCAUUUGAAAGCCAAUCAUGUCGUAGAGGCCAAAAGAUGGUUCUGGGCUCUCAACAAUGCUAUCCAAUUCACGAAGGACGAAGCAAAGGAAGAGGAGAAAAGGCGAACGCUUGACGGUGAAAGCUUUCGCCAUGCCCGCAGCGAUACAUCAGAAAACCUCAGUGCGACGGCCAGCAGAUCGAAACACCCUGCCCAGACGCUGGGAGUGGCAGGAAGCUCCUCCAAGGUGAGCUUUCGUUCUGAUGUGGAAGGUGGAUCAGCAUACGACUCGUACGACGCGAGUCUUCAAGGCGAGGACCUCCAGAGAGUCCCUACCAAUGUUGUGACCAAUAUCGACGCAGAAGAGGACGCCGACGGCGACGACGCUAGCAGUCGUGAAGUGCACCAACCGGGAAGCAAAGACGCGUUCAAUAUCACCGCACAAUCUGCCAAGCUCCAACUCGAUCUUCUGGCACGGGUGUCCGACGCUUUGAUUGCCCGGCAAUCAUCUCAGGCGGAUACGAACCUAUCCGAUCCAGAUGUCUCACAAGCUCUUCUUACCUACCAAACGGCCGUGAAUAGCCUCAAUGGCUUGGUUGCGGAUCUGCUGAAGAUUGCUCGGGACCGUGACGCUUAUUGGCAAUAUCGUCUAGAUCGAGACGCAGAUGCUAGGAGAAUGUGGGAGGAAAGCAUGGCCAAGAUUGCUUAUGAGCACGAAGAUCUCAAGAGGUCAAUCGCCGAAUCAGAGGACAAGCGCAAGCGGACGAAACGGGCUUUGAAGGAGGCCCUCGAGGGGCAAUCGGUACCCGCUAGCCGUCCGGGCUCAAUGCUCCAACAAGAAUCGCUGGAUCACGUCCAAUUCGCCGAAGCGGUCGAGAAUCAACUAGAUAUUCGAGCCGAAGCCCAAAUCUCAACAAGGUCGCGCCGAAAAUCUGUCACCAGAGAUGGCAACAGACGCAAAUCCAUCAUCGCCCAACUCACCAAUCUCUCCGACUCCGAAUCUGGAGAUGAUGAAGAAUUCUUCGACGCCAUUGACGAAGGCAAGGUUGAAGUGGUCGAGCCGCUGCUUCUUAGUCCUCCGCCCGUGCAUGUUCCAUCAGCCUUGGAGGAAGAACAGGAGCCUUUCGUCGAUGAAAGAGCCAGAAAACAAAUGGAAAUCGAGCCCUCAUAUGCUGGAUAUGAAGGAGGAGUUCGCGAGCGAUUGAAACUGGAUGCUGACAAUCGUCCCAAGAUCUCACUCUGGGGCAUUCUGAAGUCUAUGAUAGGCAAAGAUAUGACCAAGAUGACUCUGCCGGUGUCUUUUAAUGAGCCAACUUCUCUUCUCCAGCGUGUUGCUGAAGAUAUGGAAUAUGCGGAUCUCCUUGACAUCGCAGCCGAUCGCCCGGACGCUACUGAGCGUCUCGUGUACGUGGCGGCAUUCGCGGCCUCGGAAUACGCCAGCACAAUCGGGCGCGUUGCGAAGCCAUUCAACCCUCUUCUGGGCGAGACGUAUGAGUAUGUCCGUCCCGACAAAGGAUAUCGAUUCUUCAUUGAGCAAGUAAGUCACCAUCCUCCCAUUGGUGCUGCGUACGCGGAAUCUGCUCGUUGGGACUACUGGGGCGAGUCGGCCGUCAAAUCCAAAUUUUAUGGCAAGUCAUUCGACAUCAACCCAUUGGGAACCUGGUUCUUGCGCCUCCGCCCUUCAAAUGGGGGUCCGCCGGAGCUGUACACAUGGAAGAAGGUUACAAGUUCGGUCGUGGGCAUUAUUACUGGAAACCCCACCGUGGACAAUUAUGGCACGAUGGAGAUCAAGAAUUGGACCACGAGCGAAGUCUGCGUCCUGGACUUCAAACAACGCGGAUGGAAGGCCAGUUCAGCGUACCAAGUCUUUGGCAAAGUCAUGGACGUCGAUGGUGUCACCAAAUGGAGCAUUGGUGGGAGGUGGAACGACAAAAUCUAUGCCCGAGUUACAGAAGGAUUCGAGGACGAAGCAGUAGGAGAAAGCCGCUUACACCCCGGCGUAGGAAGAGGGACCCAGUCCGAUCGACAGCAGGCCUUCCUCGUCUGGGAAGCACAUACACGUCCGCAGGGGAUACCUUUCAAUCUCACACCAUUUGUCGUAACCUUGAACGCCGUGGGCGACUCACUGCGUCCACAUCUCCCACCUACCGACACGCGCCUACGGCCCGAUCAACGUGCCAUGGAAGACGGGGAGUAUGAUUUCGCGGCGACGGAGAAGAAUCGUGUCGAGGAGAAACAGCGUGCGGCACGUCGUCAACGUGAGGCCGCGGGGGAAGAGUGGAAACCCAAAUGGUUUGAGAGAAAGGUGGACCACAUCACUGGGGAAACCUAUUGGGAGCAUAACGGACUGUACUGGAGGAAGAGAGCGGAGAGAGAUUGGACAAUUUGUGAUGAUAUCUUUUAGACGGAGAAUGAUGGAGAACGGUAGAGAAAAGAGAAGCCCGUGGGAAGGAAUUUUUUUGGGAAUGAAAAGAAGAGAUGAGGACGCAGCGAGCAAGGAAGAGAACAGCAAAUGGCGGGAGAAAGCUCUGUGAAACGGCCACAUGAUGGACCGAAGCGACAACCACCGGAUAUGCUCCAUCUCUAUACAGAGGGAUGCUAACCUUUGGCCGGUGCGUUCAUCCUGGUGGGCUUGACUCGUGUUGGCGAGGACCGCCUUUGGGGCUGUUGGCAUCGACGAAGGAUUGCAGCUGUCAGUAUAUUCAUAUACCAAUAUGACAUUGAUUGUAUUUAUCUACCGGCAAUAUCAAUACCACGUUGGAAUA